AUGGAGGAUAAAACUAUCACAUUGAAAACCAAGCCUGGUGCUUCCCUCCACGUGUCCAUCGCCCACCACCGGCCGCAGGAUGAGAGACAGUUAUCUGACACUCUUGUUGUAUUCCUCAACGGCCUCGUACUCCCUUCUGCCGGUUGGACUGGAACAGUCGAGCAUCUUUUCAAACUCCGCAGCGAUUCCAACCGGCCGACGCCCACUUUACUCUGCUAUGACCGCUACGGCCAAGGGAAAUCUGACUCGGACCCGUCCGACAUCCCAGAUUCGCCUUACGGCCAUGAUGCCCGCGCUGCCAUCGCCGACCUCCACCAGCUUCUCAUCCAGGUUUCCCAGGACGAACUCAAUCGCCAGAUCGAGGACCUUCGCAUAAUCCUGGUUUGCAACUCGAUCGGAUGUGCCCUCGCCCGCCUCUACGCAGCCGAACACCCUGGCCGUGUAGCGGCGUACCUCUUCCUUGACUCGAUGAUGGCAAAUACGGACUUUGUCUCCGUGUUUCCUGACCCGGCCGAGCCCGGUUUUGAUGAGGGCCAGCUGCCGGAGGGCCUCACGGCUGAGGGGCUGCGGCAUACGCGGGAGAGGGUCCGUCAAUUUUUCCACCCUACGGUGCCCAACCCAGAGCAUUUCGAUCGGAGGAACCUGAGGGAGUUACUGCCGUAUGCGAGUAAACCCGCCUUACCCAACGGCCCCGGCGGGGAGCCUCCCCUAUUGACGGUUGUGGGACAUGAUUGGGAUGAGUUUGCGGAUCAGUGUGAGAAUGGCUCACUGUCCGUACCAAAGGCCAUCGUCAACGCAUAUAUGAACCCGGCCUGGGGUGCGUACAAUGACGGUCUGACCCGGCUUGCACAAGCGACGAGUGAUAUGAAGAUUGCCAAGGGCUGCGGCCACUUCAUCCAGAAGGACGACCCGAUCUUUGUCGCGGGCGAGAUUGACAACAUUCUAAACGAGCUGCAGACGCUUGCGUAA